AUGGAGGUGCUCAUGGCCUCGGUGGCACAGACCAUUCAAGACGCGCGGGCGGUGGCCACAACCGGAUACCGCCGCCACCGUGCCCUCGGCAUCCAGGCCGCAGCAGUAGGGGCAGCAAGCCCAGUGCUGCCGCUGUCGACUGUGAGCACGCCUGCCACCACCGUUACAUCCUUUGCCAUCGAGGUGUACGCGGCCUGCGCCGCAGGCAUCACUGCGCCCGAAGUGUAUCUGGUUGCAGACGUGCGUGGUGAACCUGAUCCUGUGACGGAUGCCGCCGGACGUCUCUUGCUUGAGCGGUGGACGGUCGAGGUGACCGAGGCACGGUCUUCCAGCGCAGACGCCGAGGACCGGGCCGCCGGCCUCAUCCACGCCCAUGGCCCAGUCCUCCUCCGCCUGCUGUUGCUUGCGCUGUGCAAGUCGCCGGUUCAGGCUCUGGUUGCUCGUCUCAUGGACGACAACGCGGCAUCAUACUACGGCGGCAUCAUCGUCGAGAGCAUGCUCCUCGCCUCGCCGUCGGUCCAGUACCACACAUUGGACGAACAGCCUCUUGCCCAGUUGUUUGAUCGCACGCUGGACACCGGUGUGUACUCGCUGCGAGUGGUUGGAACCGUGACCCGAACAUCGCUCGAGCUCAAAUCGUCGGAUGCACCCGAGGACGACCCCGCGCUGGAGUUGCUUGCCGGAACGGGCGCGAAUUCGAUGCUCAGCGCCGAGCCUGUGCAGGAGCCCCUCACUACUGUCGACGUCAUUGCGCUCCCGCGCACGCCAGGCUCAGCCACGCUCGGCGGGAGUGGACUCCGUCCAAGCUCACAUCGGCAUGCGGGGGGCGCGUGUCAUGCCACGCUCGUGGAUACGAGCCUCGCGCCAAGUGCGGGCUCGUCGGUGACGACUGCCGUAGACGCAGCGCUCGCCGGACACGAGGCGCUGCUGACCGAGACCGGGCUUGAUUGCGAGUAA